CAGGAGGCAGCAGCGACAACAAAGCUGAAAGUUCAAAACCCAGAAGAAAGUUUAUCCUUUUAGCAACAUGUUUUCCCCAUUUCCAGCCGUAGCCAAGUUUCAUUUCUAAAGGGGUCUCGGAAAAAUUGUGGCUUUUUUGUCGAGGGCAAAUCAAAAAGGUUGUUUGAAAUGGAGAAUUCGGUGAAGAAACGAUAUGGAUUUGAAUUCUGUAAUGGGACUGAGUCGGUGAGCGAGUUGAGUACUACUGAGUCGAGACAGAGCAGUUCGAGUGGGUCGAGUUCGGGGACUUUCACUGAGAAAGUGAAGACGAUGGGUUCCUCUUCGCCUCCUCUAUUGGGAUGGCCUAUUAGGAGAGCUACAGUGUCCAAAAGCUCGGUUCUUUCUGAUGGCAAUGGAGAGGAAGACAAGACAAAGUACGAGGAUUCCAAGUUUAAGAAAUUGGGUUCAAAGGUUUCAGAGAUUGAAAUGAUGAAGGAGAGGUUUGCAAAAUUGUUGCUUGGGGAAGACAUGUCAGGAUCUGGAAAAGGGGUUUGCACAGCUUUGGCCAUUUCAAAUGCCAUUACCAAUCUCUGUGCUUCCAUAUUCGGGCAAUUGUGGCGAUUAGAACCCAUACCUGAGGAGAAGAAAUCUAUGUGGAGGAGAGAGAUGGAGUUGCUUCUUUGUGUUAGUGACCACAUUGUUGAGCUGAUUCCCUCUUGGCAAACUUUUCCAGAUGGAAGUAAGCUCGAGGUGAUGGCUUGCAGGCCUAGAUCAGAUAUUUUCAUCAAUCUUCCAGCUCUCCGUAAACUAGAUAAUAUGCUUCUUGAUAUAUUAGAUAGUUUCACCAACACGGAAUUUUGGUAUGUGGAUCAAGGGAUUGUAGCUCCUGAUGCCGAUGGCUCAGCUUCCUUCCGCAGAACACUUCAGCGCCAGGAGGAGAAAUGGUGGUUACCUGUGCCUCGAGUCCCUGCUGACGGUCUCAGUGAGAAUUCAAGAAAGCAAUUGAACCACACACGUGAAUGCACUGGUCAGAUACUGAAAGCUGCAAUGGCCAUCAACGGCAUUACCUUAUCAGAAAUGGAAGUUCCUGACUCAUACCUGGAAGCUCUUCCAAAGAAUGGAAGAGCUUGUCUAGGUGACCUUAUUUAUAGGUAUAUCACAUCUGAUCAAUUCUCUGCAGAGUGCCUGCUUGAUUUCCUUGAUCUGUCCUCUGAACACAUAGCUCUCGAGAUUGCAAAUCGUGUGGAGGCCUCAAUAUACGUGUGGCGUCGAAGAGCUCACUCCAAGCCCCCUAUUAAUCCAACCCGUUCUGCUGCAAAGUCAUCAUGGGAGAUGGUAAAGGACCUAAUGGUUGAUGGAGAUAAGAGAGAAUUCCUAGCAGAGAGAGCUGAAAGCCUCCUGCUUUGCUUAAAGCAGCGGUUCCCUGGUCUGACUCAGACUACCUUGGAUACCAGCAAAAUCCAAUGCAACAAGGAUGUCGGAAAAUCCCUUCUUGAAAGCUAUUCAAGAGUUCUGGAAAGCCUGGCAUAUAACAUUGUUGCCCGUAUAGAUGAUUUGUUAUAUGUUGAUGACUUAACCAAGCAUUCGGAUAAAUUGUCAUCAGUUCCUACAGUCAGUGUAAUUGCUCACAAGAAGGUCUCAAUCCCAUACUCAGUGCCCGUCUUGAGCACUCCUUACAAAACAGCUUCUUCCACGCCAAGUUUUUCACCUGCACCACUAAUCAGCCCCUUAAGGGGAGAGAGAACUCCUUUUCUCAAGGAGAACAACAAUAACAAGCCUCAUCGCCGUGGUUUUGGAGUGAGGAGGGUCUUGACUAAUUACCUUGGUGUUGAGUCAAAAGCAAAGAUAUGUGGCAAUGCAGCUGAUGGUUCUUGUUCAAUCCCAAACAGCAGUAGCACAGAGAGUUCAGGGUAUCAAAAGGGCCAGAAUGCAUCAAAACAAUCAUCAGCACACCAAAAUGGAGCCAGAAUGCCUCUAAAUCCGCCCCGGUAUACUGUCACUUGAGAUUUCUUCCGAGAAGAAAAUGUGAAAACAGUGUGAGAGUUAGGAUUUAACAAUAGCAAACUACUGGUUCUGGUAAAAUACUGAUGUCUAUGAAUUGGUGUUCAUUUUUUCUGAAUGACUCAUUAUUUCUUAUAGUUUCAAGUAGCCUGUUGUAUGUGUGCUUAUCCCUUUCGGGAACAACAAUAUAACUGAGAGCAGAUGGAAUAUAGACACGAGUGUUGU